AUGCACAGACGGAGGAGCGAGAACCAGGCCUCCUGCACCGCUCUCUCAUCGAACGCCCUCGAAUAUGUGCACACCAUGGCUUACACGACAUCCAGCGCAGAGGAACUAGCUGACGCCCUCACCGAGCUGAGCAAGCCGUUUGGCUUGGCCAAGGCCUACUUUGUCUGCUCCGGCAGUGAAGCUAUGGAUGCGGCCAUGAAGCUCGCAAGGCAAUAUCAGGUUGAAAACGGCCAGCCGCAAAGAAAGAGGUUUGUUGCGAGGCGACAGGCGUAUCAUGGCAACACCAUUGGGGCCAUGAGCGUGAGCAGCAACUUGCCGAGCAAAAUCCCUUAUGAUGGCGUCUUGACGCUCGACAAUGUCAGCUUUGUCAGUCCGGCAUACGCAUAUCGCGGUCGGCGAGACGCAGAAACAGAGCAACAGUACGCUGGUCGGUUGGUUCAAGAGCUGGACGACGAGUUUCGGCGGGUAGGCCCUGAAACAGUGAUCGCUUUCGUGGCGGAAACUGUGGGAGGAGCAACUGCAGAUUGUGUCACGCCGCCAAGGGGGUAUUUCGAGGGUGUCAGGAAAGUGUGUGAUCGAUAUGGCAUCCUGCUCGUCCUGGACGAAAUCAUGUGUGGGAGUGGCCGGACGGGGUCGUAUCUUGCAUUUGAGCGACAAGGUGACGUGAGGCCGGAUCUUGUUACGCUGGGCAAGGGGCUGGGGGGAGGAUAUGCACCUAUUGCGGGCGUCUUGAUCGGUGAAAAGGUCGUGCAAGUCUUGAAAAGGGGUUCGGCGAGUUUCGUUCACGGACAUACAUAUCAGGCUCAUCCAGCGUGCUGCGCGGCGGGCUUGGCUGUUCAGAAAAUCAUCAAACGCGAUGAUUUAGUGGCGAGAUGUCUUGCUAGGGGAGCUCUUCUGGAAUCUCGACUACGGUCUGUUCUCGGAGACGCAAAGUACGUGGGAGAGCUUCGCGGCAGAGGCUUGUUCUUGGGGAUCGAGUUUGUGCAGGACAGAGCAUCUAAGCAACCGUUCAAGCCAGCGGUCAAGUUUGCCAGCAGAAUGCAAGAAGCAGCUCACAGCCGCGGCCCAGCUGUGUAUCCGGGGUCGGGGACUGUGGAUGGGGUGAAUGGCGAUCAUGUUAUUCUGGCACCGCCGUUGACUAUCACGGAAGGCGAGGUUGAGGAGGUUGUGAGGCUACUGAAGAUGGCGUAUGAUGUAGUAGAAGAAGAGCUAGUUGCGUAA